AUGCCACCCUCACGCAAACGAUCAAAGCUAGAUUCUUCCAAGGAGCAGUCGACGAACUCCUCAAAAGAUACCACGGACCAGGGGGUUACUCCUCCCAAUCACGUUCAGCAUGCCGCAGCUGUUAAGAAACAACUCGGAUCGAGGGCAAGUUGGUAUGGAACGUGGCUGCGUAAAUCCACUGUUUCUACACAGGUAGUGAGGGAGACAAUUUCAGCUGAUAAAACAUCCAACGGGAAUAUGGCGACAGAAAUUAACCAUUACGAUCAACGAAAACCUUCAUCGGUCGCAUCCAGACCUCCAUCGAUGUACCUGGGUAAAAGCAAACCAGCAUCCGAAAUAACGUUGGGCGUUCCACCGGAGGAGGCUCCGAACAAUGAGAUAAACACCAAGAAAGACGAGAAUGUACCACAGGAUAUUUUGAAUCAAGAAACACCCAAAACCCGAUCUUUGACGGAGUCAGAUGCAUCCAAAGAAACAAAACCGAAAAGCUCGCCGAUCGAUGAAACUGCACAACAGCCGAUAUCCUCUCAGGGCUGGUUAGGCUGGUUAGGCAUGCCAUUGCAAAUGUCAAAAGAAUCCUUUCCCGUGGUGGAAGAGCCUCAAAAGCAAAAUACCAAAAAAGCCUUUUCAAACGAGAUAACCUUGCCGGAGCAGACAAUUGCGAACGAAACGAUCGAGACUCCAAAACAAAACUUAUUAGCAUCGAGGUCAUGGUUCAAUUUAUGGCCAGCCCCUCAAGCUCCAGUGCCCGUAGAAGGUCCAAGAGAACCACCUUCGACACAAGUCAUUGAGGGAAACCCUGUCGUGAUGGAAGAUGCAUCAAAAGAUGUAUCUAAGCCUGCACCCCCAACACCCAGUAGAUCUACAGCGCAACCUGGUGGGUCUAGUUGGGCGUCGGCUUUUUGGUAUUCCGACACCACCAAAAAAGCUACAGAUCCUCCCGAAAGUCAGGAAACUGGCGAGCUAGCAGUUUCGGGCGAGCAGUCUCAGAAUCAACCGUUGGCAGUCGAAACUGUUCCAGCUGCCGACGUAAAGGCAGCCCAAGGCGACAAAAAGUCGAAACCUGGAAAAAAGGGUCGUCCAAAGUCUGUGGAGAUAGAGGAAAUUGUUCAAAAAACGGCAAGUGCACAAUCCGAUGAUGCAUCGAAGAAAGUCACAACCUCACCUCAGAGUCCAUCUCCACCAAAUCUAAUACUACCAUCUGUACAAAGUACUUACCAUCUGAUGGAAAAUGCAUCAAUUCUACGACAGUUAACAAGAUUGAUCGUACGUGGUCGACAGAAGCCCGUAAAACAUGUAGCUCUGGCAAAAGAAGUACCUAAGAUCAAGAAUGCAGUCGCGAUAGGUGUUCAUGGACUAUUUCCUGCACCUCUACUGCGCAAGCUCAUCGGACAGCCUAGUGGGACUUCGAUAAGAUUUGCUAAUCACGCCGCGGCUGCUAUUAGGCGGUGGACAGAUGCAAAUGGGUCUCCCGGUUGUGAAAUAGAGAAAGUUGCACUUGAUGGCGAAGGUAAAAUUUUCGAGAGGGUGGAUAAACUUUGGGAACUGCUCAGUAAUUGGACGGAUCGAUUGCGACAAGCAGAUUUUAUAAUGGUAGCUGCUCAUUCACAAGGCGUGCCGGUUGCUUUGAUGCUUGUAGCAAAACUUAUAGAAGAGGGCAUAGUAUCAUCAGCGAGGAUCGGUGUAUGUGCAAUGGCUGGUGUAUCACUAGGUCCGUUUGCCAGUCACCAAACUGGAUACCAGGCAGCAUUAUUCAACGAUAUGAUAACAGAACUCUUCGAGUUUGCAAAUUACGAAAGUGAUGUCGCAAAACAUUAUGAAGAGGCACUUCGACGAGUCUUGAAGUAUGGAUCUGCCGUCUUUUCGCCUGCAGAACAUCCUUACAUUUACCGAGCUGUAUUUGUAGAUGGACGUAUACAUGCUCCGGAUUUUAUUGCCCACUUAGUCGGCUUCGCGUUGAAAUUACGCAAUCUUGGUGUGUCAGAUCAUGGACUUAUUCGUGAGCUUUCGGCGCCUCUGGCUGGGAGCCUCUAUACUGGUGGUGGUCACUCUCGUCUCUACGAUGAUGACAAAGUAUAUGACAUGGCAAUGGAUCAUGCUCUUGCCACUACUUCGGUUCCCGACGUCCCUCUGCAUAUAUCUCAAUAUUCGCCGCCUACGAACGCAAACCCUUACGUCUUGCCCUGGAUCAUGCGAGGAGUUCUCGAGGAAGAAUUCGUAAAAACAGAACUGCACAGUGAAGCAGUAGAGUUACUGAAGCAAUUCGAUGAUUGGAAACCUAGUACUAAAGUCUUACAAGAUGUGAAGUACAGGUUGGAGGCGGUUAGAUCUAAAUUAUGA